AUGGCCUGCUUCAUGGAGGGGUUGGCCAGCAACCUCUGCUUCCUCAGCACGACCUCCUGCGGGAUCGACGUGAGGAUGGUGUCGAGCCGCGGCACGUCCUCCUCCGCCACGAAGACGCCAAUCUCGUCCCACGGGAUGGCGUCGGCGAAGGGCAGCACAAUGUCGUCGGCGAUGAUGACCGGGAUGCAGCCGAAGACCACCCCCUCGACCAGCCGAGGGCUCCACGGCGCCCACCCGAGCGGGCACAGGCAGAAGACGGCCCGCUGCAUGUCCUCGUAG